UGUUGUCUCAUCCGAAAAGCUCAGUAAGCCAACCCGCAUUUUUUCGUUUAAAAAAUAAACAAAAUUAUAUCAACAAUUGAGGAAUUUGUUGGGGAGGUUCAAGUCAAUAAAGGUUCACCGAUAAGAAUCAUUUUGGUUUUUUAAAAGAUGAACAUAGACGUGGGAAUCCCUGAGAAUGAUGAGAAUGGUCCCGGUUUCCAUUCGUACUUCACACAAAAAAUAUCUGAGCUGCAGUUCACUGUAACCGAGCGCCAGAAGAAUUUGCUCCGUUUGCAGGCUCAAAGGAAUGAACUUAACUCCAAAGUUCGCUUGCUGCGUGAGGAAUUGCAGUUGCUCCAAGAUCAGGGAAGCUAUAUUGGUGAGGUUGUUAAGACCAUGGAUAAGAAUAAAGUCCUGGUGAAGGUCCAUCCCGAGGGAAAGUACGUGGUGGAUGUGGACAAGGCCAUCAACAUCAAGGAUGUGACCCCCAGUAGCCGAGUGGCCUUGCGAAAUGAGAGCUACACUCUCCAUAAAAUACUUCCCAACAAAGUGGACCCAUUGGUAUCGCUUAUGUUGGUGGAAAAGGUUCCGGAUUCCACCUACGAAAUGGUUGGUGGCCUGGACAAGCAAAUCCAGGAGAUUAAGGAGGUGAUUGAGCUGCCCGUAAAGCACCCAGAACUAUUUGAUGCUCUGGGUAUCGCCCAGCCAAAGGGAGUGCUACUUUACGGACCACCUGGCACUGGAAAAACCCUUUUAGCCCGCGCUGUAGCUCAUCACACGGAGUGCACUUUUAUCCGGGUUUCGGGCUCGGAGCUGGUCCAGAAAUUCAUCGGAGAGGGAUCGCGGAUGGUAAGGGAGCUCUUCGUGAUGGCCAGAGAACAUGCUCCCUCUAUAAUCUUCAUGGAUGAGAUUGAUUCGAUCGGUUCAUCGCGGUUGGAAACGGGAACUGGUGACUCAGAGGUUCAACGUACUAUGCUGGAGCUGCUGAACCAACUGGACGGCUUUGAGGCCACCAAAAACAUCAAGGUUAUAAUGGCCACCAAUCGCAUUGAUGUUUUGGAUCAGGCUCUACUGCGUCCGGGUCGUAUUGACCGCAAAAUCGAGUUUCCGCCGCCGAACGAAGAGGCAAGAUUGGAUAUCCUGAAGAUACAUUCUCGCAAAAUGAACCUCACAAGGGGCAUAAAUCUUCGCAGAAUUGCUGAACUGAUGCCUGGUGCUUCUGGAGCUGAAGUAAAGGGCGUUUGCACCGAGGCUGGGAUGUAUGCCUUGAGGGAAAGACGCGUUCAUGUCACCCAGGAAGACUUUGAAAUGGCCGUGUCAAAGGUGAUGAUGAAGGACUCCGAGAAGAAUAUGUCUAUUAGAAAGUUCUGGAAGUAGUUUGGUCAUAUGGUCAUAGUCAAUAAAUAAUUUAU